UAAGCUGCCAGAUUAAGCGGUCUGUGCGUCAGGGUUGGAUACUUUGUUGUCAUCAGUGUCCGCAGCACGCAAAGAAGCGCACAUGAAAAGGACGCGUGGCCUCCCGUCGCCUCUCCCGGAGGGCAGCAGCAGCGCCGGAGCCGCCUAUAUAAGAGCUUCCAAGAUGCUACUGAUCGGUCAUUCAUGCACUUGCUGCCAGCGCUUUUCAGGACAUCGCCUCUGCCCGCACCGCGCAACGUGUGCUCCACAACUACACGCCGCUCUCACACGUAGACCCACGCUUUCCAACAACCUCAACUCAACAUUUCUCUCUCCCGUGCUCCAAUAUGCGCGUCAGGCAACCCGGAUUGCAAGAAAAGAACAAGAAGAGUCCCAGGGCGCACCGGAUGCUCCAGAGCGCAGGCAGUGGCAUGUUUAACGCAGACUAGUGAGCGCGGCUGUUCAGGAGUGACUCCACGUGAAGUUGUGAGUGUGAGAAAAAGAGAACAAACAGGAUUUUUGUCUCGGUUAGGGUCACCAAGCAAGUAGCCUACACUCUGGGCAUGGACAAUGGAUACUUUAAGUCUGCCAGUGAACGCUGUGUCCUACACUGUGGCAGCUGAACUCUCCACUACUGAUGAUCCCUUUACUGGACCCAUCAGGAACAUCGCGCCGUGGAACUUCACUAUCCUGGCCGUGCUCAUGUUUGUGGUCACCUCGCUGUCUCUGAGCGAAAAUUUCCUCGUCAUGUUUGUCACAUUCAAGUACAAACAACUCAGACAACCCCUGAACUAUAUUAUAGUUAAUCUGGCCAUCGCUGACUUUCUGGUCUCCCUCAUCGGUGGAGUAAUAAGUUUCCUGACAAACGCCAGGGGUUAUUUCUUCCUCGGGAAAUGGGCGUGUGUCCUGGAGGGGUUUGCUGUUACUUUUUUCGGGAUUGUGGCCCUGUGGUCCCUCGCUGUUCUGUCCUUCGAGCGAUUCUUUGUGAUCUGCCGACCUCUGGGGAACAUCCGACUGCAAGCCAAGCAUGCGAUCCUGGGUCUGCUGUUCGUCUGGACCUUCUCCUUGAUCUGGACCUUCCCUCCGGUGCUGGGCUGGAACAGAUACACUGUAAGCAAGAUCGGAACCACCUGUGAGCCUGACUGGUAUUCAACAAACAUGAUCGAUCACAGCUACAUCAUCACUUUCUUCACCACCUGUUUCAUUCUGCCCCUGGGAGUAAUAUUUUUCUGCUAUGGAAAGCUCCUGAGGAAGCUCAGAAAGGUAGCUCAUGGUCGUUUGGCCAGUGCCAGGAAGCCUGAGCGGCAGGUGACCCGUAUGGUGGUGGUGAUGAUUGUGGCAUUCAUGGUGUGCUGGACGCCAUACGCAGCCUUCUCCAUACUGGUCACAGCUCAUCCAACCAUUGAACUUGACCCCAGGCUGGUUUCCAUCCCUGCCUUCUUUUCCAAGACAGCUGCUGUCUACAACCCAAUCAUCUACGUCUUCAUGAACAAACAGUUCAGGAAGUGCCUAAUCCAGCUGUUCACCGGUAAGGGAUCCAUCCCAGACGGCAACCUGAACCAGACCUCAGAGCGACCUGGAAUUACUGCAGAGAGUCAUACAGGAGAAAUGUCAGCCAUUGCGGCCCGAAUCCCAGUGGGUGGCACUGCCUCACCCAGGUCUGACGAUUCUCCAACUGACUGUGGCUCGUUGGCCCAGCUGCCCAUCCCAGAGAACAAAGUGUGUCCAAUGUAACAGUAAAUUCAUCCCAAUAGGUGUUCUCUUAAUGUCCACUGAACCCAAGCGUCCAUAAAACCCUUCUGUAAUCUAGAUACAGUGUGUUUCAAAAAACUGUUUGGAUAAUGACAGAACUUCAAAUGUUUUGUUAAUUCCUUGGGGAGAGGGUGGGUAAUUGUGAAGAACUUUUGAAGGGUGUUCAUAAUUG